GUGUUGGUUUCUCAAAUUGAACAUUGCCUGUAAAAAAAUUGUUGCAUACAAAACUUUCACAGAGAGAUGUUUAAAAGUUAAUGGAACAUGAUAUCAACCUGUAGGCAUUUGCGUGCUGCAGAACGGAUGCCACAGUCGCGACGCAGUCAAAAGAUGCUUGCUAGGUGAUAUUUGAAUUUGGAUGAACAUUAUUGCAUAUUGUCUUGCCAAUAUAUUCCACACUCACUUUCCGUUUCCAAGGUAACCCCACUGUGCAAAUCAAUCAAAUGUUACUGGAAAGAGAAGACAUUUCUUAGCAUCCCCCCCACCAACAAUCUCUGUGUCACUGUUUGUGCGUGUGCAUGCUUCUUGCCCACUCUCUGCCGCAGAUAGUUUUUCCUCCCUCCCUCUCAUUUUCUAUGCCAUCUCCAACUCAUCCUCUCUCCCUUCUUUUUAUCUGCCGACUCUCUCUCACUCACUCUCUUUUCCCCCUCACAACAUUCACUUCCUGACAACCACUGCCAAAAGGACUAACAGGCGCAGCGUAGCCCCAGAUUCCAUCCCUCGAGGAGGGCCUAGAAGAAAAUAAAAAACACAGACAAGGCAGAAGAGAAAAAAAGUUAGAACUGGAGCCCAGGUGUUUUGACACUUUGGAUGUCUGUGUCGCUUGCUUGUAGCUUCAGCAUUAAUGGCAGCCAAUGGCGAAUAAAGGAGGUUGACUGAGGACAGAUUUUGUGAGAUAGCAGAGGAAUAUCAACUGGUUCAAGCCAAGCCGUCUGCAGUAUUAAUUUGAAGUUUUCACAACUUAUUCACCCCUUUUACCUCUGAAAACUUGCAACUGGAUUGAAGUUGAUAAAAAGCUACGGAGGAGAGUCGAGGACAACUUUCCUAAACUUGGACAAAGUGUUCAGAUUGGGCGUGGCUGCGUUGCUGGCAAGGAUCAGGGCAGCCUGACUUGGCUUGGUGGUACGGUUCUGGGCGAUGACAUACUGCGGUCCCCCAGGAUGUUGAGCUUGGAUGGCUUGGAGAUGAUCGCUGUGCUGGUGGUCAUGGGGCUCUUCAUCAAAGUCCUGGAACAAUUUGGGAUGUUCGAGCCUGUUGGUGGGGAAGACAGUAUUGAAGAUGACUUUGAGUUGUCCACUGUGUGCCAUCGCCCUGAGAGCAUGGACAAGCUGGAAGAGCAGACAAAGUUCACCAAGAAGGAGUUGCAGGUCCUCUACAGGGGCUUCAAAAAUGAGUGUCCGAGUGGAGUGGUGAAUGAGGAGAACUUUAAAAACAUUUACUCCCAGUUCUUUCCUCAGGGAGAUUCGAGUAUGUAUGCACAUUUCCUGUUUGAAGCCUUCGACACCAACAAGAAUGGCUCCGUUAGUUUUGAGGACUUUGUUUUUGGUCUGUCCAUCAUCUUGAGAGGGACGAUUAAUGACCGGCUAAACUGGGCUUUUAAUCUAUAUGACCUGAACAAGGAUGGCUGCAUUACCAAAGAGGAAAUGCUGGACAUCAUGAAGUCUAUCUAUGACAUGAUGGGAAAAUACACGUACCCCAGUAUGAUGGACGAUGCUCCAAGAGAACACGUGGAGAGCUUCUUUCAGAAAAUGGACCAGAAUAGAGAUGGGGUGGUCACCAUAGAUGAAUUUAUUGAUUCAUGUAAAAAGGAUGAGAACAUCAUGCAGUCCAUGGAGCUGUUUGACAAUGUCAUCUAAGGAUCUGGACCAGUGAGGAUACUGGCACCAGGGAGGGGAGUGGUGUUGGCGGAAAAGGCAUCAGGACUGAAGAGAUAGAACGAGUUUGUGAAUGUUUGUGUGUCUGUGUGUGUGGCUGAGUGGGAUACAGGCCUGAGCUUGUGUCGUCACUGAGAACUGUGAAUCCUUUGGGCGCAGAGAGACCAUCACCCUCCUCCUGGACUUCUAGUGGCAUUUCUUCCAGCAAUGAUGGAGUUUCCAUGACUCCCAGGCUAAUCAUAAAGAACCUUAAUUAGUUUUAUCCUUGAGCACAGACAAAGAAUGCUUGCAGUGGACUUACAGCAACUAGCACACCCCCAGCUGUUUUAUUUGAACUUUUAUUUAUUACUGUCUAGCGGGUCAGUUAUCACAGCCUGCAAAGGCUGGACUCAGCUGGAUCAAGUUUCCUUUAAAACCUUGAUCUGAAAUAACUUUCUCCCUUUGCCCUAAUAUGCUCGAUAUUUGGAUUUGUGAUUCUGAUCUUGCCUCUGUUGCGCGCUGUGCGGGAACACGUCCCAGGAGCCGAGAGGAAACAUAGAUAUGAGUCUGUGGCCACCUGGUGGACAUGACAGAGAAAGACACUUCCUAAUGGAGCGACCAACAAAUUGAAGAUCCCAGAGAGCCGAGAUGAAAGCUAAACAAAAGUGUUGUUUUCCAAGAGAAACUGACUUCAGUAUCGCAUGAUGAUGUCACUAAUAUCUAAUUGCAUAUUUAAAGAGAUACUCCAAAGUCUGCUCGUCUGUCUGCUGUUCCUAGUCAUUCACAGGUGCCUCACCCUCUGUGUGUGUGUGUGCGUGUGUGUUCAUGUGUAUCAGGAAGACAUGCUGUAUGUCUUACAGAUGAGUCCCCGCAGUGGGUCGGCACCCAUGUUUAUUCAUGGGUUAGACCAGGGGUGGGCAAUCCUGGUCCUCGUGGGCCGGUGUCCUGCAACUCUUAGAUAUCUCCUGGUCCAACACACUUGAAUCCAAUAGCUGAAUCACCUCCUAAGUGCAGUCAAGUUGUCCAGAGUCCUGCUAAUGAUCUCAUUAUUUGACUCAGGUGUGUUGAAGUAGAGAUACAUCUAAAAGUCGCAGGAGACCGGCCCUCGAGGCCCGGAGUUGCCUACCCCUGGGUUAGACUAAUUUCUGGCCUUCCAAACUAUCCAGUCCUAGCAGUAGUUGUCUGAUGACUGUUGUAAUGUUUUUAGCAUUCCCAGUGGAAUGACAAUUAGCCAGUGCAAUGUUGGAAUAGCACUAUAGUUGAUCAGCUUUUGACCAGUCAAACCAUGUCAGUGUAGGACUGCAAACCACAGUCAUACUGGGCUUUCAAAUUUCAUUAAAGGGAAAAUCAGUGUAUCCAAGACAGUAUGUGUGAAAUUCUUAUUACCUGAAAUGUCAUGUGGUUGUAGCAGGUUCUACCACUUCAAAAUCAUGUUUAUUUUGAAUAUAAGGCUAUUUAGCUUUUGCAGAGUUACAAUAUGAUGAAUAUGGAUGUUUUUUCCCCCCAUGUCCGCCACAUUUCCCUUUUCUUAUUAUCCAUAUUUCUGCCACCAAAGAGAAAAUAUUAGACAUAUGUUGAGUCUAAUGGAUAUGAGACACUGUAAUCGGUGAGGCAAAAGCACUUGGAGAUAAAGGUAUGCAGUUUGCCUGCUCACUGUCAAUGUCUUUCAAGGUUGUGAACCUGCACGAUAAGCUGUUAUGAAUAUUUCUUUAAAAAUGUUUACAGCUACCAUAUAAUUUGCCUCUUUUUAUACCAGAACAUCACUGAGCUCUAAGACCUUGUUACCAGAGGCACUGAAACAUUAAUUCAGAGAACCUAACAUGGAAUAGCAAUAAUGUUUCCAUUUCCACACAAUCUCUCACUUCUUUCAAAGCAACUGCAUUUUUUUAUGAUUUUCUUUCAAACAUUCCUAAGUCUGUGGUGUAGUUUACACAUGCAGUAUUUUUUAUUUUACUAGAAAAGUGUUUCAGCUCAGUUCUUAAGUUCCUGACUACAGUAAAACCUGUCUAUACCCGCAUGUACUGUGUCUAGAACAAUGAAAAGUUACAUGUUGUAAUGAUUGUCUGGUUAGCUAGCUGCUGGUUGCAUUACAUAUUCAAAAUGUGUAUAUUUUGUACAGAGAUAAUAAAAAUCAGUUACUAUGCAACAUGGGAUGAAAUUUGAA